AUGCAAACUCAAGGUGAUGCAGAAUUAGAACAAAUAGUAAACGAAAAAAAUGUGCUUGAGAUAGAGAAUGCAAGAUUAAAGCAAACUUUAAAAGAUUAUGAAGUUAGAUUUGCUAAACUGGAGCAGAACGAUAAAGAAAAGACUAUCCAUAUUGCAAAGUUAGACAAUGAAAUUAAGGAAAUUAAACAAUCUUCAGUUAAUACCACCUCUACCGAAAUAGAAAAUUCCAACGAUACUCCCGAACAAAUCGACUUACAAAGAUGCUUCAGCAUCCGAUAUAUCCGUUAUUACUUCAAAUUCAGAUAUAUCUGA